GUCAUCGUUAUGUGAUACGCAAAGACUGCAACCAACCAGCCGGCAGGUAGGCAAUCAAUUGCAUCUCACAGGUUAUUCCCAGUUCCUUCGUUUGGCGAUCACCGGAGAUCGUUUCCAUUGAAGUUUUUUUUUAUCAGUCUUCGGAUAAAUAUCCAUGUUGGGAUCGGUCGCCCAAUAGGGCAGGAAAGCAGGCUAAAACAGUCAUAUAUAAAGUUAAUUAAUCCCGCUACUCUUACUAACAGGUAGCCUUUGAGGUAUCGUACCGUGUCAUAGUUCUCUCAACAUGUAUUUCCCAUCUGUAAUUAUUCUCGCCUUGUCCUCGGGCGCCGCCGCCGCGGUUGCGCGCUUCGAUGUCCCGGUACCAGCCCGAGUCCGCGACGAUCCCACGCCGACGGAAUGCACAGCUUCGGCAAUCACCACCGAAACUACUAUCAACAGGGGAAGCGAGGGGAUCUGGGUAAUGGGACCAAGAGCAACGAACAUCAAUGAGCUUUAUACAUUCACACAGACGGACUGGCUUGAUAAUGAUCACCAAAAGAUACUUGAUACCUGCGGCAGUAUUUGUCUGGCAGGAAACAAUACCGCCGAAGCAGGCACUUGGCUCCCGAGCGGAAAAUACUUCCAAGGUGGAUAUGUGCAACACACCGGGAGGAAACGGCCCAGACCACCUCCUAUGGCAGUGCUCCUGCUACGAUCGUGCUGUGACACAAGACGAUCUCGUCCCUGGAACAGGAACUUGGAACGGCGCCAACCCGGGAAGUGGAACCAUGAUCAACCGAAAGUGCUGAUUCGGCUGCUAUACAAACGGGACUCGUUUGAGGCAGACUAAGGCGGGUAGCCUUAAGUGGUCGUGAAAUAGGGAUAUGCUAGUCGCUGCAUAGUAUGCGAUGAAUUUUUACGUACAUCAAAAAGGAGUUAAUAAAAGAAAUUGAUUGCCGCAGCUUCCUGAGUAAGGAAAUUUAUUUAUUUUGAUCUAU